AGGUCGACGUGGCAUAUAUCAACCGCCUCACCUGGAACAGCGGACCUCGACGUUUCUACGCCGGAAGAAACGAAUUAGGACUUAAGCCUAAAGAAGCUCCGAUCAAGCUGAGCUUUUCGAUAGUUUUUGGCAUCUGAUUUUCUGAUAGUAAUUUAUCUGUUCCCAGCGAUUAGAGGAUUUGUUCUUUGAGUCUCUUCCUCAAGUUAGUCGACCAUGGGCCGCUCGCGAGCAGUGUCCCAUUCUGUUCUUGAAGACGUCAACCAAAGAUCAAAGAGAAAAAAGACAGCUUCCAGUCUAGAGAGUGCACAGACUGCAUCUACAGUAUGCCAAGAAAUGAGUGAAGGGAAAGCAGCACUGUAUCACUGUAAUUAUUGCAAUAAAGAUAUCUCUGGAAUGGUUCGCAUUAAGUGUGCAGUGUGUCCAGAUUUUGACCUUUGCAUAGAGUGCUUUUCUGUUGGAGCUGAGGUUACUCCUCAUAAAAGCAGUCAUCCGUACAGGGUUAUGGACAAUUUGUCUUUUCCUCUCAUUUGUCCAGACUGGAAUGCAGAUGAAGAGAUUUUACUUCUUGAGGGCAUUGAAAUGUAUGGAUUUGGAAAUUGGACUGAAGUUGCAGAACAUGUUGGAACCAAGAGCAAGUUGCAAUGUAUUGAUCAUUAUAAUGCUGUUUACAUGAAUUCUCCAUGCUUUCCUCUUCCAGACAUGUCUCAUGUUAUGGGAAAGAGCAGAGAGGAGCUCCUUGCAAUGGCUAAAGAAAACUGUAUAAUCAAGAAAGGUAGUUUUAUUGCCACAGAGUUUCCUGCCCUUGGGGAGCUUACACCGAAAGAUGAGUCUCAUUUAUCUGCAAGAAUCAAAAGUGAAGAACAAAACAAAGAUGUAGCUUGUCAAUUGUCAUCAAGCUUAAAAGCAGAAUUCGGUUCUUUUAUGAGUUCAAGCAGUGGUAACACUUCCACAGGUGCAGUCAAGAAGGCCUCCAAUAUGGCCCAGAUUAAGGAUGGCAUUAAAGUGGAAGAUUCUCUGGCAGACAGGAGUAUUGGAGAGAAAAAACUUAGGAUUUCAGGGGAGGAAGGGCCUUCCAUGACAGAGUUGAGUGGCUACAAUUUCAAGAGGCAGGAAUUUGAGAUUGAAUAUGAUAAUGAUGCAGAGCAGUUGUUGGCAGAUAUGGAGUUCAAGGAUACUGACACUGAUGCUGAACGUGAGCUGAAACUACGAGUUCUGCAUAUAUACUCAAAAAGGCUGGAUGAGAGGAAGCGUAGGAAAGAUUUCAUACUAGAAAGAAAUUUACUUUACCCAGAUGCAUUUGAGAAUACCCUUUCACGUGAAGAGAGAGAAAUAUAUCAACGUUACAAGGUCUUCAUGAGGUUCCACUCAAAAGAAGAGCAUGAAGAAUUGAUGAAGUGUGUUAUUGAGGAACAUCGGAUUGUUAAAAGAAUACAGGAUCUCCAGGAAGCUCGAGCUGCUGGCUGUCAAACAGCUGCUGAGGUGAAUAGAUUUAUCGAGCAGAAGCAACAGAAGGAAUCUGAUGAAAGUGCCCAAAGAGUGAAAGAAAGUACAAUAGCUGGUCCAGGUGCUAAAGUGUUGCAGAGGCCUAGUAAUGUUAAAGGAGAUGUUGAUGGAAGCCCCUGUGGAGUUGUUAGGGGGUCCGCUUAUAUCUCAAGCCCCCUAGAUGAUUGGGAUAUCUCUGGAUUCCUUGGGGCGGAUUUGCUCUCUGAAUCAGAGAAACGUCUUUGUGGUGAGCUGAGAAUACUACCUUCACAUUAUCUCAGCAUGCUUCAGAAAAUGUCAUUGGAGAUUAUGAAGGGCACUGUUAGCAAGAAAUCUGAUGCACAUAUCCUGUUCAAAGUGGAGCCAAGCAAAGUGGAUAAAGUUUAUGAUAUGCUGGUGAAAAAGGGGAUUGCUCAAGCAUGACUAAGUAUUUUAUCCCCAUUCUUGUUUACCAACUUUGUACAAAUUUUGUUUGUGAAAUGCCUUUGUGCUUCAUGCAUCUUGUACAUUAAAUUUCUUGUCAGCAAAUGUUUAUAUAAGGAAAUAUAGAGCACAGUAAUCUUUUAUGGGGUCUAA